AUUAUCAGACGAAAACAGUCACACGUGUGUUUAUAGUUAUACUGAACAAUUUUCAGAAAAAAAUGUGACAAAAUAGUGUUGAUAUUUAUUAAACAUCAAAAAUGCUGAAGCCUAAAGAAAAUCCUAAUGAAUUGCCGGGUUUCGAAGUACCAACAGAUGAAACGGCACCUGAGAAUGAAUCGCAAAGCAAUAAAAAGAAAAAGAAGGGGUCUGGAGGUUUCCAGUCGAUGGGGCUGAGUUUUCCAGUCCUCAAAGGCAUUACCAAGCGAGGUUAUAAGCAGCCCACGCCUAUACAGCGCAAGACAAUUCCCCUAGCUUUAGAAAACAAAGAUGUGGUGGCCAUGGCCCGGACGGGAUCCGGCAAGACUGCAUGCUUCGUGUUGCCGAUUCUGGACAAGCUCUUGGCACCAACCAACAAGCCCAUGCCUGGAAAGAACUUCAGAGCCCUCAUUCUGUCACCUACCAGGGAGUUAGCUUUACAGACACUGAAAUUUGUCCGAGAACUGGGCAAAUUCACAGGCCUAUCUUCAGCUGCUAUUCUUGGUGGAGAAUCAAUUGAACAGCAAUUCAGCGUGAUGUCAGGAAAGGCCCCGGAUAUUGUGGUGGCCACUCCCGGAAGAUUCCUUCACAUUUGUAUAGAAAUGAACCUGAAAUUAGACAACAUAAAAGUAAUAGUGUUUGACGAAGCAGACAGGCUGUUUGAGCUGGGCUUUGGCGAGCAACUGCGGGAGAUCGUAGCUCGCCUACCUUCUGGCCGGCAAACACUGCUGUUCUCAGCCACGCUGCCUAAGAUGCUAGUAGAGUUCGCCCGUGCAGGCUUAUCCGACCCGGUGCUAAUCCGUCUGGACGUGGACUGGAAGUUGCCAUCGACUCUAUGGCUGGGCUGGAUCUACGUGCGAGCUGAACUGAAAACGGCGGCGUUGCUACUGCUACUCGAACGAGUGCUGACAGAUACUACCCCACAGGCUGUCGUCUUUGCCGCUACCAAGCAUCAUGUAGAGUAUCUUCACAUGAUCCUCCAGAAAGCCGGUAUCUCCUCAACAUACGCGUACUCUGGCCUGGACCCGUCAGCGCGUAAGAUCGCUCUCGGCCGUUUCACCAACAACAGAUGUUCCGUGCUCAUAGUAACGGACGUAGCGGCGAGAGGGUUGGAUCUGCCGGCGUUGGACACAGUCAUCAAUUACAACUUUCCCGCUAAGCCUAAGCUAUUCGUCCACAGAGUAGGUCGCAGUGCUCGCGCCGGUCGCGCGGGUCGAGCGUGGUCGCUGGUGUCGGCGGGCGACGUGGCACACCUGCUAGACUUGCAGCUGUUCCUCGGCGCUGACCUCAAGUGUCCCUCGCAGGUAUACCAUCGAUUUAAACUUCCCUAGAUACACUAUCGCCUACAAAUUCGACACUCAAAGGCGGUAGCAUGGAUGAAAACUUAUUCAAUUAUCUAGGAAGACGCAGCCCGCGUCAUGGGUCGCGGCUGGCAGCAGUACAUCAAGUGGCGAGAGCCUGCCUCCGCCGACGCUAACAAGCGAGCCAAGGCCACCACGCCUCCCACUCUCACACACCCGGCUUUGCUGGACGAGGGACAGAGAGCCGUGCUCGAUCUGGCUGCGCAGAUCAAGAACUACACCCCUAAAGGAACUAUCCUCGAAUUGGGCGUGAAACAUGACUCUCCAAUGAACGUAGCCAUGAAAACCAUGAAAAAGAAACACGGUAAACUGGUGCAGCGGGUCCGGGAAAACAAGAAACUGCAGGCCGAAGGAAUAUUGAGCACAGAGGGGAAACCAAAGAAGGAAGUGGUGCGAGACGAGAAUUACAUACCGCACCAAGCCAGCGACCAGAUCACCGAAGUUGGCAUGGCCGUGAACUUCAACGCGGGCGCGGCGGCGGCCGAGCUGGACAUGGGCGCCGACAGCGGCGAGGCGGCGCGCGCGCACCACAACCAGAUGCGCUGGGACCGCAAGCGCAAGAAGAUGGUGCACGCCGAUCCGGAUGGCGGACGCAAAAUGAUCCGGACUGAAAGCGGCGGGCGAGUACCGGCGUCCUUCCGCAGCGGGCGCUACGACGAGUGGCGGAAACGAAACGCGCAGGACCAGGACGAUGAUGAGGAGGAUACUAACGCUAAUAGAAAGCGGCCUGUGUCGGAAUUCCGUCCCCACUGGGUGAAGCACAACGAGGCGAUCGCCAAGAAGAAGGACACGGCCUCGUCCAAGGAGUUCCGCGACAAGGGCCAGAUCGUCAAGGAGCGCAUCCGCAAGGAGAAGAUCAAGCAGAAACUCAAACACAAGCUCGGCAAGAAGGGCAAGAGCAAGGGCAGGAAGAGGAAAUGACCAAUAUAAUUAUAUUUAAAAGUG